AUGCUGAGUACGCAUGUACUCCAGCGCCCCCGCUUGAGAAGAAAUUCAUUAGUCGCACCUGAGGUCUGCUAUCCGGAAUCACGAAUCACAGGAGGAAUAAGCGGAAUUAAUCGCAAAAUCUCCAGGAGCCGUGUACGUGUUGUUGCUGCUAGUGCAGUCGGUUCGUCUUCAGGCGAUGCGGCAGGAAGCAGCAGCGCUGGGAUUGAGGGCGCGGCAAGCGGUGGAGAGAGCGUCAAAGAGCUGAAGCAGCGGCUGCUGCGGGCUGUGGGGGGCACUCAAAGGGGCAAGGCAGCUUCUCCCCAGCAGCGAGAGCAGAUACUGCAACUAAUAGAGCAACUGGAGGCAGCCAACCCAACGCCCUCGCCCAUGCUGUCUCCCCUUUUGGCCGGCACAUGGGCUCUGGUCUACAUCGCCCCCACCGAAGCAUCCACAAAUACUUUGGAUGCAUCAGAGGAAGGCCCUUUCCUCGCUCGCUUAAAGCCCGCGGUGUUUGGAGGGGUCAGGCAGAAAGCAAGCCUGCAGAUUAUCCAUCCAGACGAGGGAAGAGCAGAGAACGUGGCACUAUUCACGGCAUGGGGAGUAGAUGGCGAGCUGCAGAUAGACGCGGAGUGCAAGGCACCGGAGCAGGAGAGCAUGCGGGGAGUGCGGUCCACUGUCCGCUUCCUCUCCUUCAAGCUCUCCCUCGGACCCCUCUCGUUCACGCUGCCCCUCUCCCUCAUCUCCCCCACCGGGUGGAUCGAUGUGACAUACAUUGAUGAGGAGAUGCGGGUGACAAGGGGGGAUAAGGGCUCUGUUUUCCUUGCCACACGCGUCAAGGCGUGA